AUGAGAACUCCGAAGCCUGUGCAAACACCUCGUAUAUCUGGUGUUAGUGAACUGUUUGUCGAUGAACCUAGUGUGAAGAGACGUCGUAGUCGACCCUCAUCAGUGCCACCGACCAACUUGACAGAGGAGGAAGCAGUUACACCUGAGAAGAGUUUGUUGUCUCCACGAAAGGAAUCUGGUUUGACUGGUGUUAGGAAGUUGAUGAGAACUCCGAAGCCUGUGCAAACACCUCGUAUAUCUGGUGUUAGUGAACUGUUUGUCGAUGAACCUAGUGUGAAGAGACGUCGUGGUCGACCCUCAUCAGUGCCACCGACCAACUUGACAGAGGAGGAAGCAGUUACACCUGAGAAGAGUUUGUUGUCUCCACGAAAGGAAUCUGGUUUGACUGGUGUUAGGAAGUUGAUGAGAACUCCGAAGCCUGUGCAAACACCUCGUAUAUCUGGUGUUAGUGAACUGUUUGUCGAUGAACCUAGUGUGAAGAGACGUCGUGGUCGACCCUCAUCAGUGCCACCGACCAACUUGACAGAGGAGGAAGCAGUUACACCUGAGAAGAGUUUGUUGUCUCCACGAAAGGAAUCUGGUUUGACUGGUGUUAGGAAGUUGAUGAGAACUCCGAAGCCUGUGCAAACACCUCGUAUAUCUGGUGUUAGUGAACUGUUUGUCGAUGAACCUAGUGUGAAGAGACGUCGUGGUCGACCCUCAUCAGUGCCACCGACCAACUUGACAGAGGAGGAAGCAGUUACACCUGAGAAGAGUUUGUUGUCUCCACGAAAGGAAUCUGGUUUGACUGGUGUUAGGAAGUUGAUGAGAACUCCGAAGCCUGUGCAAACACCUCGUAUAUCUGGUGUUAGUGAACUGUUUGUCGAUGAACCUAGUGUGAAGAGACGUCGUAGUCGACCCUCAUCAGUGCCACCGACCAACUUGACAGAGGAGGAAGCAGUUACACCUGAGAAGAGUUUGUUGUCUCCACGAAAGGAAUCUGGUUUGACUGGUGUUAGGAAGUUGAUGAGAACUCCGAAGCCUGUGCAAACACCUCGUAUAUCUGGUGUUAGUGAACUGUUUGUCGAUGAACCUAGUGUGAAGAGACGUCGUAGUCGACCCUCAUCAGUGCCACCGACCAACUUGACAGAGGAGGAAGCAGUUACACCUGAGAAGAGUUUGUUGUCUCCACGAAAGGAAUCUGGUUUGACUGGUGUUAGGAAGUUGAUGAGAACUCCGAAGCCUGUGCAAACACCUCGUAUAUCUGGUGUUAGUGAACUGUUUGUCGAUGAACCUAGUGUGAAGAGACGUCGUGGUCGACCCUCAUCAGUGCCACCGACCAACUUGACAGAGGAGGAAGCAGUUACACCUGAGAAGAGUUUGUUGUCUCCACGAAAGGAAUCUGGUUUGACUGGUGUUAGGAAGUUGAUGAGAACUCCGAAGCCUGUGCAAACACCUCGUAUAUCUGGUGUUAGUGAACUGUUUGUCGAUGAACCUAGUGUGAAGAGACGUCGUGGUCGACCCUCAUCAGUGCCACCGACCAACUUGACAGAGGAGGAAGCAGUUACACCUGAGAAGAGUUUGUUGUCUCCACGAAAGGAAUCUGGUUUGACUGGUGUUAGGAAGUUGAUGAGAACUCCGAAGCCUGUGCAAACACCUCGUAUAUCUGGUGUUAGUGAACUGUUUGUCGAUGAACCUAGUGUGAAGAGACGUCGUGGUCGACCCUCAUCAGUGCCACCGACCAACUUGACAGAGGAGGAAGCAGUUACACCUGAGAAGAGUUUGUUGUCUCCACGAAAGGAAUCUGGUUUGACUGGUGUUAGGAAGUUGAUGAGAACUCCGAAGCCUGUGCAAACACCUCGUAUAUCUGGUGUUAGUGAACUGUUUGUCGAUGAACCUAGUGUGAAGAGACGUCGUGGUCGACCCUCAUCAGUGCCACCGACCAACUUGACAGAGGAGGAAGCAGUUACACCUGAGAAGAGUUUGUUGUCUCCACGAAAGGAAUCUGGUUUGACUGGUGUUAGGAAGUUGAUGAGAACUCCGAAGCCUGUGCAAACACCUCGUAUAUCUGGUGUUAGUGAACUGUUUGUCGAUGAACCUAGUGUGAAGAGACGUCGUAGUCGACCCUCAUCAGUGCCACCGACCAACUUGACAGAGGAGGAAGCAGUUACACCUGAGAAGAGUUUGUUGUCUCCACGAAAGGAAUCUGGUUUGACUGGUGUUAGGAAGUUGAUGAGAACUCCGAAGCCUGUGCAAACACCUCGUAUAUCUGGUGUUAGUGAACUGUUUGUCGAUGAACCUAGUGUGAAGAGACGUCGUAGUCGACCCUCAUCAGUGCCACCGACCAACUUGACAGAGGAGGAAGCAGUUACACCUGAGAAGAGUUUGUUGUCUCCACGAAAGGAAUCUGGUUUGACUGGUGUUAGGAAGUUGAUGAGAACUCCGAAGCCUGUGCAAACACCUCGUAUAUCUGGUGUUAGUGAACUGUUUGUCGAUGAACCUAGUGUGAAGAGACGUCGUAGUCGACCCUCAUCAGUGCCACCGACCAACUUGACAGAGGAGGAAGCAGUUACACCUGAGAAGAGUUUGUUGUCUCCACGAAAGGAAUCUGGUUUGACUGGUGUUAGGAAGUUGAUGAGAACUCCGAAGCCUGUGCAAACACCUCGUAUAUCUGGUGUUAGUGAACUGUUUGUCGAUGAACCUAGUGUGAAGAGACGUCGUGGUCGACCCUCAUCAGUGCCACCGACCAACUUGACAGAGGAGGAAGCAGUUACACCUGAGAAGAGUUUGUUGUCUCCACGAAAGGAAUCUGGUUUGACUGGUGUUAGGAAGUUGAUGAGAACUCCGAAGCCUGUGCAAACACCUCGUAUAUCUGGUGUUAGUGAACUGUUUGUUGAGGAACCUAGUGUUAACGUGCAUUGUAGUUCACAGAAACUAUCUAGUGUUACUGCAUUGUCUCGUAGGCAUUGUAAAACGUGUCGUUGUUUGCUCUCUGAAUGUCAAUGUGGUUUUGAUUUUAAUUACGUGGUUAACAAGUGUUCUAUAAGAAAAUGUUCUGACCUGGUCGUUGAGUCUCUUUCAUCCAUCCGUACGCGUCGUAUUGUUAAAAUUGCGAAGUCUUCAGUCGAUAAAUCUGCUAACUCUGAUUGUUCCAUUUUGGAAAAGUUACCUGGAAAAUUUACAUCUCAAUCGACUAAUGAAGUCACCGUACAGCCGUCGAAAACUAGGUCAAAAACCAAGAGGAACGUUUCCACCAUGGAUUCACAGUAUCCUGAUUCUCUUUCAGAUCGUUCAAUGAGUGUUGUAAAGUCUCUGGAUAAACGGAUGUUGAAAGAACUCACUGAAGUGGUUGUUCCGUUCCCGAAUAAUGUGAUGGAAAAUCAUUCUCGGAAAGGGAAGACUCUCGCAUUUACAUCUCGGUUGACUCCUAAUGAUAUAUCAAAUUCAUGUGAUGAAUCUGCAGUUUCGAAAAUGGGUUUUAUUGAGAACUCACAUACUACGGUAUCCUUUAGCUCGAACACGUCUAAGGAUCGUGAGUCUGAUUCUGUUGUUCCUGUCGCAAGCCGUCUCCGUAAUAGAAGGAUCCCGCCAAGUAUUGAAUGUUUGUCAUCUAGUCGUACUCCACGUGCAGUUAAAGCACCGGAUCCUUUGAUCAGUGAAUCUGCCACUAAAGGCAGUUCCGGUAAGAGUUCCGUGAUGAAAACGUCCUCUAGAAAAGUUGUGUCUCAAUCGAAUAAUGAGGUUGCCAUACAACCGUCGAAAACUAGGUCAAAAACCAAGAAGAACGUUUCCGCCAUGGAUUCGCAGUUUCCUGAUUCUCUGCUCAAUCAUUCGGUCAAUGCAACGAAGUCUGCAAACAACACCUCAAAAAGAUCUAUAAAGAGACUAGCUGAAGUGCGUAGAGUCUCUUCUAGUAUUCCAUUGGCCAAACGUCUACGGAGUAGAAUUGAUCAGUUGGAUAUUAAAUGUAUAACAUCUGAACGCACACAAAAUGAAGAAAGAUCUUUACCCGUGAAAAACCAAUCUGGUGAGGAAAAGAAGAAAAAUGGUACCAAGACAAAUAAUCCGCAAAUCCGUAAACAGCUAAUCACUUCUAAAUCAAAACUACUUCCAACUACUUCAUCUUCAAAAUCUGCUUCAACUAAUGAAUCUAAAAAUAUUACAACAUUGAAGGUUAAAACAAAUUCACGACACAUUAAACGUAUUUCUGUUACGCCUGUUGAUAAUAUUGCUAAUGUUUCACCAAAAAGACGUGUUCUUCGUUCUCGUAAGUUAAUAACUACUUCUUCAGAAAUAAGUCAACCAAUUGAAGAAAAAAUAUCAACUUCUAAAAUUACUAAUAAGUCGAAAUUAAAGACCACUACUACCAAUAAUAAUAAUAAUAGAUCAGUAGUGUCGAAAUCAUCUCAAGCCAAACAAUCACCAGUUUCAAUUCGUCAAACUCGUUCAAGAAAAAAACAGACAGCAACAAACAAUCUAUAACAAUAAAUAUUGCUUGUAUUCAUUAACUCGUAAAUAACCAACAAAAAAGUUUACCUAUUUUUAACACUUUUAUGUAUUUAUGUUUAGUGUAUUAUUUAUUCAAAGGAACAAUCUAUUAUCCUUAUUCCAUUCAAAGAGUACCAUAUAUAUAUAUCACUUGUUGUUACCAUAGUUACUAUUAUUACUAUUAGUAGUAGUAGUAGUAGUAAUAUUAAUAGACUCUCUAGAGUAACAACAUUUACCAAUAGGAUUAAAUACUAAUGUUUAUUAGUUAACUUAUUCAUUCAUAGUUUUAUGUUAAUUCUUAUUACAAUAUUACUGUAAUUUAUUUCGUUUUUAUUAUUUUUUUAAAAAAUCAAAUAUCUAUCUAUCUAUAUUUACUGUCCACUUAUGUUAUGCUGUUAAAAUUGAUGUUGUAUAUAAUCUAUACAUGUUGGUAUUUAUUAUAUAUAACAGUUUAAGUGUAUAUUUGUUUUGUUAUUGUUAAUACAAUAUAUCAUACAUUGUCAUUAUUAUUAUGAUUAAUGUCAACUUUUAUUUCUAAUCAUUUCUACGUUUAUAUUUUAUUGUUGCAUUCACUUUGUUUUCUUCAAAAAUGCUAAACGUCAAGCAAUAUAUAAAUAUAUGUAUAUGUAUCUGUUGUAUAUUCAGUCAGUGUGCUGUUACGAGUAUGAGGGCUGGUGUCACUUCCCGGCUGCCCACACCGUGGAAGGGUAUUUCU